AUGUGUCCGGAGCCUGCCGGGAGUGCGGUGACGUUGGAAGCGGCACUGCAACGGAGUUUCACGAAGAUGUCGCGGUCGGAGAUGUUGCAGAGAAGAAGUUGGACUCUCGCUUGCUCCGGCUUGUUUUUGACGGCUUGGAAGCAUCUCCACGAAGAGCUUCCACUGGACUUAUCGGCUCUUGAGUUCAUGAUGAAAGAGUUCCCAGAUGUCAAAGAGAAGGAAGAGAUGAGAAAGAUUGUCGGAAGAUAUGGAAUCACUGGAAGAGAACAGGUGUGCCCAAUGAAACAACUGUCCGACGGUCAACGUUGUCGUGUCUCGUUCGCCUGGUUGGCCUGGCAACAGCCACAUCUUCUACUUCUUGACGAACCUACGAAUCACUUGGAUAUGGAAUCGAUCGACGCGCUUGCCGAGGCUAUCAACUGCUUCCCAGGAGGAAUGAUCCUCGUUUCUCACGAUUUCAGACUUGUUUCGCAGGUCGCCGAAGAAGUGUGGGUGUGUGACAACCAGGGAAUUCAGAAGUGGGACGGAGACAUCUUCUCGUUCAAGGAUCAUCUCAGAAAACAAAUCGACAAGGAUGUCAAAAAUCGUGGCGAGGGACUCGUCAAGGAGCGUUAA